AUGUUCUCUCUCUUUCGGCCUGCAAACAUCUUCUGCGCCCUCAAGAACGCUUCGGUCCCGCUGAUGUCAGCCAAGAAUCUCUCAUCUCUAUCAACCAUGGCGACCGGAAACGAUGUCAAGAUCACGUCGUGGGUCAGCCCGGACGACAAGUCUGGGGAGUACAAGCGAGGACAGUCUGCGUUCAGGAAUUGGAUCUCCAAGAAACCAGGAGCUCAGUUUCCACCAGAGAAGGACAGAUAUCAUCUCUAUGUCUCCUAUGCCUGUCCAUGGGCUCAUAGAACCCUUAUUACCAGGAAACUGAAGGGGCUCGAGGACAUCGUCCCCUUCACUGCAGUCCAUUGGCACAUGGGAGAGAAAGGCUGGCGCUUCGUCACUCCCGAUGAGAAGCUUCCUGGUGAAAAUGUCACGGCAGAUCCGUUGAACAACUUCUCUCAUCUCCGUGAUAUCUAUUUCUCCGUCAACCCGGAAUACAAGGGCCGCUUCACGGUGCCGACUCUAUACGAUAAGAAGACGAAGCAGAUCGUCAGCAAUGAAAGCUCGGAAAUAAUUCGCAUGUUCUAUCAUGAAUUCGACGACCUGUUGGAUGACAAGUAUAAAUCCGUCGAUCCCCUACCUUCUGCAUUGGAGAAGGACAUUGACGCUGCGAACGAAUGGAUCUACGACACCGUGAACAACGGCGUGUAUAAGUGUGGAUUCGCAACUACUCAAGAAGCAUAUGAAAAGGCUAUGAAGCCGCUCUUCUCCUCGCUCGAUAGGAUUGAAUCCCACCUGGCCAAGACAUACUCCCCAUCUACCCCGUAUUAUUUUGGCAAAGACCUCACGGAAGUAGACAUCAGGCUGUUCACAACCAUUAUCCGCUUUGACCCGGUAUCUGGAUAUCCUGCUAUCCACCGGUGGGUCAGACACUUGUACUGGGACCACCCUGCGUUCGGAGAGACGACCCAGUUUGAACAUAUCAAGAAGCACUAUACCAAGAGUCACGGACAGAUUAACCAGUUUGCCAUUACUCCUGUUGGACCGGUGCCGGAUAUCAUGGGUAAGGAGGAAGAGGUCAACGCCGUGGGGAAGUGA